AUGAGCAAUCUCAAAAACGCUACUAUUGUCGUGGUAGGUGCUGGCUACGGUGGACUCACUACUGCUAUUGAGUUACGACGCAAAGGAGCCAGUGUACGGGUAUAUGAGAGUACGAAGGCGCUCAGUGAACAAGGUGACACCAUCCAGCUUCCUUCAAAUGUGACGAAAAUCUUGUCGAAAUGGGGAAAUGUGCUAGAACAAAUCGCUAAAGACUCAGCACGACCAAAAUUCCUCGAGUGUCAAGACUCGCAGGGUCGCAUGUUAUACAAGCAGCCUUUGCCUCUUGACUACGAUGGCUUUCCAAUUCUUUACCCAAGCCGUGGGAGAGCACAUAAGCUCAUCUACGACUAUGCAGUCUCAAUCGGUGUGGAUUUUCACUUCGGGGUUCGCGUUACUCAGUUCUUCGAAGACGAUAAUGAGGCAGGCAUCUACGCCGACAGUGAACGAGUUGUGGCAGAUGCGGUGAUAGCCGCAGACGGAGUUCACAGUAAAGCCAGGUCUCUCAUCAUCAAAAACCCAGAAAACUCCAGGUCUAGUGGGUUUGCAGCGUAUCGCUCGUGGUUCCCAGUUGAAGCGUUGCCCAAGGGACCACUUUUGGACGACAUCAUCCAUGCAAAAGAAGAUCGCUACUGGGUGUGGAUUGGUCCAGACGUGCACGCACUUGUCAUGACAAACAUCAAGAUGCAAUGGCUAGCAUGUUUCUGCACGCACAAGGACACUUAUACCGUCGAAGAAUCCUGGAAUUUCCCCGGCAAGAAAAAGGACUUACUACAAGUUGUAGAAGGGUGGGACGAGAAACUGCGUGCAAUAUUCAACGCAAUUCCGGAUGACAAGCUUAUUGAUUGGAAACUGCUCUGGAGAGAUCCUGCAUCCAAUUGGAUUUCUGAGUGCGGACGGAUCGCAUUGGUAGGAGAUGCCGCACAUCCCCAUUUGCCUAGCUCAGGACAAGGCGCUGCACAGGCUAUCGAGGAUGGCGCUGUCAUUGGGGCUGUGCUAGAUCGAGCGGGCAAGCAGAACAUCUCUCUCGGCUUGCAUGCCUACGAAAAGAUCAGAUUUGUUCGAGUUAACCUUACACAACGGAUGGGUUGGGAGCUACGUCACUUGUGGCAUAACACAGAUUGGAAUGCAGUAAAGAAAAAUCCGAGUAUACUGGAAUUCAGGCAGCCGUACUGGCUGUUUGGUGCCGAUCCAGAGGCCUAUGCUUACGAGGUGUAUGAUGGGGUGGUGGACUGCCUGAAAACUGGGAAAGAGUUUGUGCCAACGAAUGUUCCCGAGGGCUAUCGCCAUAAGCACUGGACAAUGGAGGAUAUGAUGGGUCAAAAUGGUGGUGAUUUUGUGGUUUAUAGCUGA